AUGGCUUCCCCUUUACUUUCCACCCUCACCUCUCUCACCUCUAUCAGCAGUUUCAAUAGCACUAUCAUUCUUCAAGCCGUUGAACCCAUCAUGCAUACGCUCACCCCUCUCCUAUUGGUUGGCAGUCUUGCCCUCCAAACUAUCUUUGCUUUUCCUGGUCCCAGUCGAUUUGAGCAACGCAAUGCCGAAAUAUUAAAACGUUCAGUGGAUUCUUUCAUUGCCACAGAAAGUCCAAUUGCUUUGAAGAACCUUUUGUGCAACAUUGGCUCUGAUGGAGCUUGUGCCUCUGGGGCAGCUUCCGGGAUUGUGGUUGCUUCACCCGACAAGGCAAACCCAGAUUAUUUUUAUACAUGGACUCGAGACUCUGCACUGGUGUUUAAGACCCUUGUUGAUACAUUCAUCAGCAGCAGCUAUUCUGCAUCACUUCAACAGGAGAUUGAAAAUUAUAUCAGUUCUCAAGCUGGACUUCAAACCGUAUCAAACCCCUCUGGUGGUUUGUCAUCCGGCGGCUUGGGCGAGCCCAAGUUCAAUGCGGACAAAACGCCAUUCACAGGGGCUUGGGGAAGACCUCAGAGAGAUGGACCUGCGUUACGUGCUACUGCCAUGAUUGCCUAUUCGAAAUGGCUGAUCGCCAAUGGAUAUACUUCUACUGUGCAGACUAUCGUUUGGCCAAUUAUCAGAAAUGAUCUGUCAUACGUUACUCAAUAUUGGAAUCAGACAGGUUUUGAUCUCUGGGAAGAGGUUCAAGGGUCAAGCUUCUUCACUGUAGCUGCUCAACAUCGUGCACUUGUUGAGGGAAGCGCCUUGGCCGCACAAAUAGGUCAGAGCUGUACCUAUUGUGAUUCUCAAGCUCCACAGGUUCUUUGCUUUCUUCAAAGCUUUUGGAGUUCAUCUUCAGGAUACAUCAUUUCCAAUAUCAAUGCAAACAACGGACGAACAGGAAAAGAUGCGAAUAGUAUCUUGAGUUCGAUUCAAACUUUUGAUCCUACUGCUGCAUGUGAUGCUACCACUUUCCAGCCCUGCUCGGAUCGUGCUUUGGCAAAUCACAAAGCUGUUACCGAUUCCUUCAGAUCCAUUUAUAAUAUCAAUUCUGGAAUCGCUCAAGGAGUUGCGGUUUCUGUUGGACGUUACUCAGAAGAUUCAUACUACGGUGGUAACCCAUGGUAUCUCAAUACUCUUGCUGCCGCCGAACAACUUUACGAUGCAUUAUACACCUGGAACAAACAAGGUUCCAUCACUGUAACCGCUACUUCCCUAGCAUUUUUCAAAGACUUCAGCUCUUCCAUCACAGCCGGAACCUACGCUUCGUCAUCAACAACCUACACCACUCUAUACAACGCCAUCAAAACAUAUGCCGACGGCUACGUAAACAUAGUCGCAACUUACGCACAAAGCAAUGGUUCUCUUUCAGAACAAUUCAACAGAGCAGGUGGAGCACCACUCUCAGCCCACGAUCUCACAUGGUCCUACGGAGCAUUCCUAACAGCAGCUGCUCGUCGCGCAGGCGUCGUCCCAUACUCAUGGGGCGAACCAUCCGCUUCCAAUCUCCCCGGAACCUGUUCUGCCACAUCAGCCAUCGGCACCUACUCCACCGCAACCGCAACAGUAUUUCCCGCGUCUCAAACCCCCAGCGGAGGAGGAGGAGGAGGCAAACCAACCACAACCAGUACCAGCACCAGCACCACCCAAACCACAACCCUCACAACUUCCACAACCUCCUCCUGCCCAACAGCUACAUCCGUCGCCGUCACCUUCCACGAACUCGCCACCACGUCCCUUGGUCAAACCAUCAAACUCGCAGGUUCCAUCUCCCAACUCGGAUCCUGGGCCCCUGCGUCGGCUAUUGCGUUGAGUGCAAGUGGUUAUACGAUCAGUAAUCCGCUGUGGAGCGUAACGGUUAGUUUACCGGCGGGAACGACGAUUAGUUAUAAGUUUUUGAAUGUGGCGAGUGCGGGGACGGUGUCGUGGGAGGCGGAUCCGAAUCGCAGUUUUACAGUUCCGGUUGGGUGUGCGACGAGUGUGACGGUUAGUGGGAGUUGGCAGUCGUAG